CGGACUGGAUGUCAGCUUGGCGAGGAGACAGAAGUCACUUCUGACAUUUGUCAUCAGUAAACUGUGGUCCGCCAGGAGAAGGCGGGACUCACCGCGCUGGACUGACUUUUUAUUGUUGAGCAUCGUCCUGUCAUUGAUAAAGCAUUUGUUUGGACUUUAAACUGUGAAGCUGAAGAUGCCAGCCGGUACUUUAGAGAGAACAUCCCCGUCCGCUGUGGCUGCCACACCGGCGAGCGGGGACUCGACCCCCGAAAAACCCCGGACCCUGUCAGAGAACAGAAAGUCCUCCAAACCAAUCAUGGAAAAGCGGAGACGUGCGCGCAUCAACGAGAGUCUGGGCCAGCUUAAGACCCUCAUCAUGGACGCGCUCAAGAAAGAUAGCUCCAGACACUCCAAACUGGAGAAGGCGGAUAUUCUGGAGAUGACCGUGAAGCACCUGAGGAACCUGCAGCGACUUCAGAUGACUGCUGCUGUGAACACAGACCCAUCCGUCCUGGGAAAAUACAGAGCCGGGUUCAGUGAGUGUGUAGGAGAGGUCACGCGUUUCCUGUCCACGUGCGAAGGGGUGAACACAGAGGUGAGGACUCGUCUCCUCAGCCACCUGGCGGCCUGCGUGACCCAAAUCAACGCUGUGAACUACUAUACACCUCACCCAGGUGCACUGGGACUUGGACAGACCGGUGCACAGAUCCCAGCUGCUUCCGCUCCACAGAUGCCCUGCAAAAGUGGCUCAGUGAUGCACGUCACCCCAGAAGCGAUGAAGCUGUACGGUGGCUUCCAGGUUGUGCCAACGCCGGAUGGACAGUACGCUUUUCUAGUUCCCAGUGCGGCUCUUAUGCCUCUGAGUGCACAAAACAGCCAUCACAUGUCACCUGUUGCACCUCCGGUCACCUCAGACUCUGUGUGGAGGCCAUGGUAGGAAAUCAGCUCAAGGACUGACAGUAAAACACAUUUUUGUACAUUUUGUAAAUGUUUUUAAAACCUACCUGAGAGGGAUGUUUACACACAUUUGUGUCUUUUUAUAUGGACGUUAGGAGAUAUUCUUGGCCUCAUUGCUUGCUGUUAUUUUCUCUGUUUUUGAUAUGGUCACAAUUCCUCAGCGUCAGGAGGUCAAGAAAAUCCUUGAAAAGCUCUUGAACAGCACUGUAUUUUUUGAGAUGAAUAAAACAAUUUCUAUGAUGUUUACUACAA